GUCUGCGCGGAGGGCGGUUUGCACACGGCCCGGCCGCCAUGUCGGCUUUGUGGGCAGCGCUGCGCGUCUACGCCGUGGGCGCCGCGGUGCUGGUGGCUCAGUUGCUGCGUCGGUGCCGGGGGGGCUUCCCGGAGCCAGGAGCUUUUCCGGCCUGAGCCACAGCGGAGCCCGAGGCCAGGGCCCGGGAGCUGGUCCCGGAAGUGCCCCCGGCAAACCGGAAGCUGGCUGUCCUUCCCAUGUGUCUUCCUGCUCUUCGGGUGCUCUUCUCCCCUGAGCUGAGUCGGCAGCGAUGGAGCCCAAGGUCCGGGAAGUAGCAGCAGCGGGCCGGGAGCUGGCCCCGGAAGUGCCCCCGGCGGGCCGGAAGCUGGCUGUCCUCUGACCAGUCCGUCCUGCUUCUCAGGGGCCGUUUCCCGCUGAGCCACGCGACAGCCAUGGAGGACAAAGUCCCGGAAGUAGGGCCGGCGGACGGGAAGCCGAUCCCGGAAGCGGCCCCGGCAGACCGGAAACCGGCGGAGGCGAAGGCCUCCAAGGCCCCGGAAGCGGCCUCCGCCGACUGGAAGCCGGCCCCGGAAGUGCCCGCGGGGGACCGGAAGCUGGUGGCGCACCCGCGGGCCAAGAGCAAGGUGUGGAAGUACUUCGGCUUCGACUCGGACGCCGAGGGCUGCAUCGUGCAGUGGCGGAAGAUCUACUGCCGCGUGUGCCGGGCGCAGAUCGCCUACUCGGGAAACACGUCCAACCUGUCCUACCACCUGGAGAAGAACCACCCGGACCAGUACUGCGAGCUCGUGAGGAGCAACACCGAGCACAUGCGCGAGGCCUUCGCGUCCGCCUACAGCCGGCUCAAGCCGGACUCGGGCCCCGGCCCCUGCCGCUCCCCGCAGCCGCCGCCGUCGCCGCCCGACGCGUUCGCGCCUCCGCGGUCCAGCCUGGGCUACGACACCAAGCGUCACCGGGACAUCACCGCGGCCGUGCUGGGCGUCAUCUGCGAGGGGCUGUUUCCGGCGUCCGUGGUGGACGAGCCGACCUUCCGGGCCCUGCUGCGCGCCGCAGAGCCGCGCUACGAGCUCCCCGGCCGGAAGUACUUCCUGCAGGCCGUCCCGGAAAAGUACGCGCGGGUGCGGGACGCGGUGCGGAAGGAGCUGGGCGAGGCGGCCUGGUGCGGCGUCUCCGCCGACCUGUGGGCCAGCCCCAGCCACAACCGCACGUACGUCACGCUGGCGGUGCACCGGCUGGGCGUGACGUCACAGGGCGGCCUGGCGCUGACGUCGCGCUGCCUGAAGACGUUCGAGGUCCCCGACGACGACGACGCGGCCGAGACCGUCACGCGGGUGCUGUACGAGGUGUUCGUGGAGUGGGGCCUGGGCAGCAAGGUGUUCGCGGCCACCACGGACUUCCGGAAGGACCUGGUCCAGGCCUGCUCGCUGCUCGACGUCCCGGUGCACUUACCCUGCCUGGCCAGCACCCUGGACGCCGGCAUCCAGCAGGCCCUGCGGCUGCCCCGCCUGGCCGCGCUGCUGGCGCGCUGCCGGAAGCUGGUGCGCUACUUCCAGGGCUGCUCGGUGGCCCGCUGCUUGCUGUACGAGAAGCAGCGGCAGCACGGCCUGCCGCGGGGCAUGCUGGUGAGCGACCGAGUCCCCGGCUGGGGCAGCACCCUGCUCAUGCUGCGGCGCCUCAAGGAGCAGCAGUUCUGCGUGGCGGCCGUGCUCCUGGCGGACAGCAACAACCACCACCUGAUGCUCGAGGCCGCCGAGUACGGCACCCUGGACGCGCUCCUGGAGCUGCUGCAGCCGUUCCGGCAGGUGGCGGAGGUGCUGGGCUCCAAGUACCCCACCAUCAGCAUGGUCAAGCCGCUGCUCCACAUGCUGCUGAACACCACCCUGGUCGCCAAGGACACCGAGUGCACCGACAUCAGCACCGCCAAGGAGCUCAUCGCUCGGGAGCUGACCCGGAAGUACCGCGACCAGCCGGAAGUGGACAUGUUCCUGAACGUGGCCACCUUCCUGGACCCGCGCUACAAGCGGCUGCCCUUCCUGUCCGGCUUCGACAGGCAGCGGGUCGAACUCCGCGUCAUCGAGGAGGCCAAGGCCUUCCUGGACCGAGACGGCGACCGCGUCCGCUGCGCGAUGACCGAGUCCCCGGCGGACGGCGUCCCCGAGGACCCGCCGGCCAAGAGGUUCCACGCGGGCGCGUGCACCGAGCCCCCCGGCACCGCCAUCCACAGCAUGCUGGCCGAGAUCUUCUGCCCCGCCGGGGCAACCGAGGACCAGGAGGAAAACCACGCCCAGGUGGUGGAGGAACUCGGCAAUUUCAAGUCCCAGAAGGUGCUGGGACUGAGCCAAGACCCGCUCAAGUGGUGGUCGGACCGCCGGGCCCUGUUCCCGGUGCUCCCCCGGGUGCUGCAGAAGUACUGGUGCGUGGUCCCCACGCGCGUGGCCCCCGAGCGGCUCUUCGGGUCAGCGGCCCGGGUGGUCAGCGCCAAGCGGAACCGGCUGGCGCCGGCUCACGUGGACGAGCAGGUGUUCCUCUACGAGAACGCGCGGGCCGUGGGCGACCUCGAACCCGAGGACGAGGACGAGGGGGACUGGGGCCUCGGCCCGGACGGUGCGGGCUUCCUGGGGGCCAGAGACGCCGGCUUUCUGUAGGAUGUGCACCCGCCCUGCGGGGGGGGGGGGGAGGGAGGAGUCCUGCGUCCCGGAGGAGGGCGACUGUCCGAACGUCCUGGUGGGGGGAUGACUGUUCCAACUUC